AUGAAACAAGUGAAACAAACAAUGAAGGAAAUGGGAUUGACUCUGCCUUUCAGUAAAACAUGCACAGAGAUAACAGAGAUCGUGAAACCUAAGGGGCCAUUCUUUAUAAAGAGAAUAUUACAAAAAGCAUUUAUUGAAGUAAAUGAGAAGGGUACUGAGGCAGCAGCUGUCACUGAGGAGUCGGAUGAUGACUUGGGAUUUCCGUUGUAUGAUGUAAUAAAACCUCAUCCGAGAUUUGUAGCAGAUCACCCUUUCUUGUUCAUGAUAAGGGAAGAGGUUUCAAAAUUGGUGCUUUUCACUGGAGCUCUACUGAAUCCAUCGAAUGACCAUUCAGAUGAUGUUUCAUCAAGUGAUUCGGAUUCGGAUGAUUAA